UACAGAUCGUAAGGCAGCAACUGAAUGGAAGAUUGGCAUAAGCGGUCAACAACGUUUACAGCUGAACACUCUAAUGCCGGUCAUAUAUUUUCGACUGAUGCAGGAUGAAAAGCAAGAUGAGAAAGAUGAAAAGUCGCAAAUUUGAAUUGAAAGCGUUUCUGAAAUCGUUCUGGAGCGUUUCUGAAUAAAUGCUAUCUUAUUCGAAACUAUAGUUUUUGAGUGUAUGAUCAUAAUGGGAUUUUCCACGCUGCAGACGUUUCCCCUGAUCGAGGGUCUCACGGGGCCCCAGACGCUGGAUGUGCUCCACAAGAGGAUCACGGCGCUGGGCGCGCGCGUCUCGGGCCAGUUCGUGGUCGACUGCGAGACCUACUUCUCCGCCCCGUCGCUGUUGCCGGGCAACUCUCAGCGAGUCCUGAACGUGCUACACAACACGGAGGAACCAGCCAGCGUGUUCGCCAUCCUCGAGGGCGGCGCCAAGCAGCCGGUGCUGGUGGCAGACACCCUGCUGGACGCGCUGCUGCCCAAAAUGGCCGUCCUCUACACAUCCAACAAGAAGCAGACGCGUAUCGAGUCCAAGGGAAAUCGAUACGAGAUGGGCGACUUUGUGGUCAAGUUGGGUAGUGUUACCAUGUCCGGCAGCUUCAAGGGCAUCCUAGUUGAGGUGUGUUACCUGGCCUGCGUGGUGCCCGCCCUCUGCUGGGAAAUGGUCUGGGAGUUCAUGCAGUCGUUCCUGGGCAGCACAGUGCCCUCCACACUGCCUCCCUACAUUCAGAGCCGACAGAACGCCACGUUCAGCCCCACCGAUACCAUCCAGAUGUACCUGGAGAAGUUCAACGAGUUUAGGAAGCAGACGGUGGCGCGGUGACGACCCAGAUGGACUGACGUGAUCUCCGCCCCUGCUGGGACCGACGUGACCCGCCCGGCGAGUCAUAGCUCGGCCUCUUGUGCAGUGAGUGUUCCGAAUCAGUGCUGGCAACUCGGAUGCGAUGCCUUUGUUGAAGCAGAGUUUGUACGUCUCAGAAGACAUUUGUAUCAUAUGCAAGACACUCGUGAUGCAGGGAAUGUGUCGAUUUGGUGCAAAAACCUGUCUGCUCCCAGUAUUGAGGUUCGGCAUUGUUUGGUGAUAACCGAAGAAUGCUGGCCUUCGUUAAACAGAACGGAUAUGGACCAGACCCAUCGUCGAUGUCAUUCUCUCAUUCCGGCCGAAACUGCUCAUCUCCAGCUGGCAUCAUCCGUCAUUAUCCUCCAUCAUCCGUAGAUACCCGCCGUCAUUUUGUUGUCAUUCCUGUGUCCGCUGCAGCCAUGCGGCUGAUGUGUAUUCGACCUGGAUUCUCGCAGUGCUGCACUACCCUGACGCCCUGGGUGGCCUCCCUGUCCGUAGCGGCGGCCCUGCACCCCCAGUUGCCGUGUGCAUCGUUCGCUCAGACUCGUGUACAUCACGUGGACGUGUGAGCGCAGCCCGCCUGCCAUCAUCGAGAGCUAAUAUACACCGCCAAUUUGCA